AUGGGCCCCGAGCUUCCAGAUGCCCUGAUGCCCUACAAAGAGAAGCUGACGCCCCGCUUCUUCGAAGUGAGGGCGAAGGUGAUCGACUUUGUCCAGGAUGUCGUGAACCCUGCUCUGCCCACAUACUCGCAGCAGAAGAGGGACCUACUGAAAACAGUGUCGCAUCCUACACAGUGCCCAGAGCCGCCGGUCAUGAGGGAGCUACGCCAGCAAGCCAAAGCUCGCGGCCUGAUGAACCUCUUCCUGCCUGAAGUCUCCCGGCUCUCCGUCCUGGAGUAUUCCCCAAUCGCAGAGAUCCUUGGCACCAACGGCGUGGCCAACGUAGCUAUGAACUGCUCCGCGCCGGACACAGGUAACAUGGAGGUCCUGGAGAAGUUUGGCACUGAAGAGCAGAAGAAGACCUGGCUUGAGCCUCUGCUAAACGGUGAGAUCCGGUCAGCUUUCGCCAUGACGGAGCCCGGCGUAGCCUCCAGCGAUGCCACGAACAUCUGCACGAAGAUUGAAUCCGAUGGUGACCACUACCUGAUCAAUGGCCACAAGUGGUGGAUUUCAGGGGCUAUCCGGCCCGAAUGCAAAGUCUUUGUCGUUCUGGGCCGCACUAGCUUCAGCGGCCCCCUCCACAAGCAGCAGUCCAUGAUCCUGGUUCCCAAAGAGACGCCGGGGGUGAAAAUCCUGCGGCCCCUGGCAGUGUUUGGUGAAGAGCACGACCAUGCUGAGAUCGUUUUCGACAAUGUGCGCGUCCCAAAGUCCAACAUGUUGUUGGGCGAAGGCCGCGGCUUCGAGAUCGCCCAGAGCCGCCUCGGACCAGGGCGGAUACAUCACUGCAUGCGGUCUUUGGGCUUGGCUGAGAUGGCGCUGGCCGCCAUGGUGGAUCGUGCUCAUCGGCGGAAAGCAUUCGGCAAGUUGCUCGCGCAAAAGGACGCAGUUCGAAUGGCCAUUGCAGAGGCUCGCAUUGAGAUAACCAAGUGCCGUCAGCUCUGCUAUUUGGCAGCUGUGGUGGCGGAUGAGCAGGGUUUCAAGGCUGCCAAGAGCUACAUCGCCAUGAUCAAGGUGGCAGCUCCGCGCGCUGCCUUGAAGAUUAUCGACGAUGCUAUACAGCUGCAUGGCGCCCACGGGGUCUCGCAAGACUCCCACCUGGCCAGCAUGUACACAGGCAUGCGCACUCUCCGUGUGGCGGACGGUCCGGACAUGGUGCACCUGAUCACCAUCGCGAAGGACGAGCUGUCCAAGUGGGACGGUUUCGUUGGACGUCAUGUCAGUGGCACCAACACGAACGUGGAGAAGUAUGGAAAGUUCCAACACGUUGAAGAUGGGCAGCUCUACUCCGGUAGACCAAAGCUGUAG